CGAGGGCUCGAACCCGUGUCCCCUGCAUUGGCCGGCAGAUUCUUAACCACUGCGCCACCAGGAAAGUCCUAGAUGGCUUUUCUAAAAGCCAAAAAGCUGUGGACGGGAUUGUGGGCCACUUUUCUCUAGUAUUUUCCAUCUUGAGACUUGAAAUACCCAUGCUUUUUAGCUGGCCCCAGGGAGCUCACGUUUCCUUGGAUGUGCCCAGCAAUAAAGGAGCCCAGGUAUUUGGGCUUGGGGCACUGCUGCCAGCAUCUCCACCGUCGCGCGGCCCCCCAGUUCCCUACUCCUCAGUCAUCAACACCAUUCACAUCUGUGGGCAAAGAAAUCUUGGUGGGGGAAUGGAACAAGACCUGACGUACGUGAGGCGCCGAAGAGAGAAGGUGCUGGAGUUUAUCCAAUAACUCGGUCCGAAUUUAAGUGCCAGGUUUAAGGCUGGAGUGUUCUUGGGCCCGGCAGAGGCGCGCUAAAGGUGACAUUGGAGGGACUAGGGACACCCCUUUGGCGGCAGAACCGAAUCCGGGAGCGAUGCGGGCGGCAUCGCUACCCUGCCGGCAGAUGGGGCCCAGAGUGGCCCUCGCCAGAGCCGGCUGGCUGGGGGGCGGCGGGAGCGCCCCUUCUGGGUUCGCUCGCCCUUGGGCUAGGAGCCCGGCGGGUUGGUACGCGGCGGGGGCAGCGGGGGCCCGGCCCCUGGCAGGAGGGCGGGGCUUUCCUUUGUCAGGGGAUUUGCGCGGCGCGGCCGAGACUCACGCGGGUGUCGCUCCCCGCCCCUCGCCCUCUCGGGGGGCGGGGCUCUCCCUCCGGCCCGGCGGGGCGCGGUGGGUGUGGGCCUGUGAGCUGAGCGGCCGGCGCUGGGCUCCCUCGCCCGGAGCCGCGCAGAAGCCCCUCCUUCGGUGCCUCGGCUUCCAAUCGCCUCCGCCGCCCCUCCCUCCCGCUCGGGCAGCUCCCCGUCGCGGCUCCGCCCCUGCCCUCCUCCCCUAGCUGUCCGCGUCGCGCUCCCCGGCGUCCAGUGGGGUUGCCCGGGCGGGGCGGCGCGGGGAAGGGGAGGGGAGCCUUCCGCCAGCCGAGCACUUCCAGCGAGCGGCGGGCGAGCGGGCCGCGCGGCGCGAGGGAGGAGGGCUCGCCCCCGCUCGGCCCGAGAGGAGCCUUUUGUUCCCAGCCAGAAGUUUGCAUGCCGGGACCGUGACAGCUGCGGGCGGGGAGGACGGCGGGGCCGGCGGCGGCGGCGGAGAAUAGAGGCGGCUGCUUGACAUGCAGCCCGCGGCGCGGCGGCUGCGGGCCGGGGACUGGAGGCGGCGGGGGAGGCGGUGCCCACAGCAUGCGGGACUCAGCGGCCGGAGGGACAAACUAACUUCCUGAGCGCGGGACCGGAGGCCGGCGCGGCCGGGAGCCACCUGCCAGCCUGCGGUGAGGCAACCCUGGCCCUCGGGGCUCGCGGCACGGCGCGGGGGAGCAGCGCUGAGCGAGCCCUUCCGAGUGACCCUCGGCCGCCGCUGCAGCCUGCCGGCCUCUGAAAGGCCCGGCGCCGGGCUCCACUCGCCUUGUUUGGCGGCCACGGCGCAGGGCUGUUCUGGGAGCCACAACAAUGCCAUGAUGUUUUGGAGACAGGAAGCCCCAAGCUGGCCGCGAAUGAAGGACUUCCUGUGUUUAAAGUUGCAGGAAUAUCCGCCGACCAGCCCAGUUCAAAUGCAAACACCCGAAGUAGGGAGGACGAAUGGCUAAUUCAGACCAGCUGGACUCUCCAGGGCUGGAACUAAGGAUAAAAUGAAAGGAAUUCCUAGGAGCUUGGGCCAUACUUGAAGACCAGAGGGGCUGUGCCAUUGUUAUUAAAGGACACAAUCGAUAUAAAUCCUCUGCUUCCAACUCUGCUUGGGUGAGAAGUGAGUGGAACUAGAUACUGAAUAAGACUUGUCAAUAUCAGAUGAUUUUUUUAACUAAAUUGGAAAGAGCAGUGCUCUUAAAAAAACAAAAAAGCCGUAGAAGGAAUUAUUUUGUUUGUUGAAUACAUUGUACCGUUUAUUUGCCUGCAACUAUGAGGCUGCUAACCUGUGAGGAAAAAGCUGUUCUUCUUAGAGCGUCUCUCAGAAUGGUUUCAAAGUGGGACUUCCAGGCCUUUCUGGAGGGAAGUUCCAAUUGGUGGUUUGAGGUUACGAACAUGUAAAAGGAUUUUUAACUUAUGCAGAAUGCAUUUUGGGGGAACCCCUGAGAAACUUUUUAAAGGUUGAUGGUUCAUCUUGUUUGAAAAAUAUGGGUAAGCCACUCAGCAGGCCAGACUGUUUAAGGCAGAACCCCAUCUGCCUGGGGAAAGGAGAGGAAGAGGAUGGCUAUAUAGAGGAUUGCUAUGUUCCGCAGCGAUCUAUAUAUGAUACAAUGAGGAUAAAUGAACAAAUUGACCAGGGGUCAAAGCUUAAUCAGACUUCAAAAAGCACCAUGGAAAAGAUAGAAGGAAGUACUAUAUCCAGCAAUGGUACAUUGGGAGCAGCAGCUAAUGUUUUUGAAUCCAGAGCACCAGAAGGCAAAAAGUUGGAUGAGAGAAUAAUAUUUGAUGCACUAAAGCUAAGCAGUGAUGUGCAAAAGUCAGCACCUGUGCCACCCAGAAGGCGGCCAAAUGCAGAACGCAAAGACAAUGUUAACAGGAGAUCAUGGAAGUCCUUCAUGCCACCGAAUUUCCCAGAAUUUGCGGAAAGGAUGGAAGCUUCUCUCAGUGAGGUUUCCGAAGCUGGUGCUUCAAAUCCUUGCUUGCAAGAGAAGAAGGAAUCCAGUUCUGCAUUAACAGAAAGUUCUGGUCAUUUGGACCACAGGGAACCUCAGUCAGAGUCCGUAACUCUGGAACAUGUGUCCAAAUCCAUAGGUAUUCCAGAAGGGCAGGAUGUGAAAACCUUAGGUGGAGAUUGCCAAGACUUCAGAUUUCAGCAGCACAGUGAGAUCUCUCCCCGUGAAUUCCAGCCUCUAGAGUCAGAAGCUGCAGCAGCAAGUGGUAACACAGAUGUAACGCAGGAACACAGAUUCUCAAGUGCAACCUGGCCCAGAGCCAUGAAAAGUUUGGCUAAGGGAGGCUUUGGCGAGAAGCAGCACCCCCUUCAGGACACAGGUUGCACUGUAGAAAUGCCACCUCUCUCCCCUUGCCUGAGUGAAGAGCUGUUGGAUCCAGAGUUGCAUAUUCUCAUAACCCCCAGCCUGAGAGAGAAAACAGAGUCUGAGCUAAAGUUUGAGGAGGAUGAGCGAUGGAUCAUGAUGGAGGCUGAGGAGGAGUGGGAGGAAGAGAAACUGUCAGAGAGAGGAAAGACUUUUCUAAUGGCAGAUGAGGAAAAGAACAGCCUGGCAGAUGUUUUCCAAGAAGGAGAGCAAGCAAACACUGUAGCAGUGGUGGAGGAUGGAGCCGACUUCUCAGCUGCUGUCUUGGGGACUUUUGACCACCUAGCUCUUGGUCAGAUCUGUUGUUCUGAUGACCCACAGCCAGCUAAGAACCUUUUGGCGUCUGUUUUCAAGGAUGCAUCGCUUGAGUACAGUUGUGUCCUAACAGGUGAGAGUGCUGUAGGAGAACUGAGAAACAGAAUUGCUCAGGGGCUAGAGGGUCUUGUUUCAGAUUUAGAAUGCACUGUUGGUCCUGCCGAUUCAGAGCAGCUCUCUGACACAGAUUCGGUGCAGAUGUUUCUUGAACUUGAAAAGGAGUGUUUAUGUGAAGAAGGAGUAACUCCUUUAGUUGAGCUGGAGACUCAAGCCUCUUCUGAAGGGCUGGCCCCAUCCCAGGAUGCAGAAAAUUCACUUGUAAUUAGUCAUUUUCCAGGGGCUGCCUUAGAAAAGGAGCAUGUAGGCCUUUUAAAUGUAAGAGCAAAGGACUCUGAUCCUGGGUUGGAUUGUGACUAUUUUAAUGCCCUGGAUUCUUCUCAGGUGCCUAAUACUUUGGAACUUACUGCCUACUCUGAUACCGUGAGGGACGCUUCCACUGUUAGUGAGGAGGAGGGUGAAAAAGUGCCUUUUAGCCCCGAGACUGCAGGGGAAUUUAACUUUAGACACCCAGCUGAUCUGGAGUCACCAGGAAAGCCAGACCCAGGAGGAUUGUCCAACUCUGAUCACAGGGCUUCUCGUGAAGAAAAUGUAUCAGGCUUUGAAGCCAAGCUGGCCAAAGAAAAUGGCAGUUUGUCCCAGCUGGACUGUAGUGAAGUUGAGGGGAAUGCUGAGGAGUGUGUGGACAGAGUCCCCCUCAGUUCUGCUGUUAGCUGUGAACUAAUAGAUGUUACCUCAGGAUCUGAAGUAGAGGCGUUACCAUAUGAUUCACAUUUACUAACAGAUGAGAUUCAUUGGGAAGGUGAGAAAGGAGCUGUUAAUCAAGGAAAUAACAGUCUGACUUCCUUGGGAGAUGUGGACCUUUGUGAAUUGUUGUCCGUGGAAGGAGCUUGUGAUGAGGAUGGUGACGCACAGGCACUGGGUUAUGAUGCCAGGCUGGAGGACCGAGCCCCAGCACAUCUUCCUAGAGACCUCCCAGAGUGGGUCUCCCAGGAUCUCCAGAGGAAGUCCCCAGAGUCAGAGAUCCUGAGUCUGCACCUGCAGGUUGGAGGACUGGGACAUAGCAGAGAUGGAGUGGAAACUGUGAAUGACCUAAAGCCCAAGCUGAAUGUGGCCUCAUUGGAGGGAGGGGAAACAGAAAUGAGAGAUUCAGAUUCAUUGCUAAAUAUCCUUCUGGAGGAACAAGUUACCAAGGCUAGUAAUACGGAACCAGUUUUGGAGGAAUGGAUACCCAUCCCACAGAAGCCUGACCCAACUGCUGCAGUGCCCACCGUAGAAGAAGAUGCCCUAGAUGCUGCAGUGCCUGCCCCAGAGGGAACUGCUGUAGCUGCUCUUACAGUGCCCUUCCCAGAGGAGGGUAUACCUGUUGUUCCAGUGGCUACCAUGGAGGCACAUGUCCCAGCUGCUGCAGUAUCAGCCACAGAGAGGGCUGCUGCCCCAGCUGUUGCAGUGCCUGCUCCUGAGGGGACUGCUCCACCUGCUUCAGUGGCCAUCACAGAGGAGGAUGUACUAGCUGUUGCAGAAUCCUCCCUGGAGGGGACUGCUCCAGCUGCUGCAUUGCCCACCCCAGAGGAGCCUGCUGCCCCAGCUGCUGCAGUGCCCACCACAGGGGAGCUUGCAGCUCCCACUACUGUGGUGCCCACCCCAGAGGAGCCUGCCGCCCCAGCUGCUGCAGUGCCCACCCGAGAGGAGCCUGCAGCUCCCACUGCUGUGGUGCCCACCCCAGAGGAGGCUGCCACCCCAGUUGCUGCAGUGCCCACCCCAGGGGAGUUUGCAGCCCUAGCUGCUGCAGUGUGCACCCCAGAGGAGUCUCUAGCCCCAGCUGCUGCAGUGCCCACCCCAGGGGAGUUUGCAGCCCUAGCUGCUACAGUGUCCACCCCAGAGGAGCCUGCUGCCCCAGCUGCUGCAGUGCCCACCCCAGGGGAGUUUGCAGCCCCAGCUGCUGCAGUGUCCACGCCAGAGGAGCCUGCCGCCCCCACUACUGCAGUGCCCACCCCAGGGGAGCCUGCCAUCCCCGCUGCUGCAGUGCCCACCCCAGUGGAGCCUGCCGCACCCGCUGCUGCAGUGCCCACCCCAGGGGAGCCUGCCGCCCCAGCUGCUGCAGUACCCACCCCAGGGGAGCCUGCAGCCCCAGCUGCUGCAGUGCCCACCCCAGGGGAGCCUGCUGCCCCUACUACUGCAGUGCCCACCCCAGGGGAGCCUGCUGCCCCUACUACUGCAGUGCCCACCCCAGGGGAGCCUGCUGCCCCUACUACUGCAGUGCCCACCCCAGGGGAGCCUGCUGCCCCGGCUGCUGCAGUGCCUGCUGUGGAGGAAGUUUUCCCUGCUGGCGUACCCUUCCAGGGAGAUACUGCCCGUACUGACUCAGUGCCUGUCUUAGAAGAACGAAGUCCUGUUCUAGAGGAGGCUUCCCCUGCUGGAAUGUGGAUCAAGGAGGACCUUGAUUCCCCAGCAUUUGGAGUGAAAGAGGUGACUGGCACAGUGCUGCAUGGGAAAGUGCCUCUGGCUGCAGUUGAUGGAUUAAAUUCAAAUGAGGUAAUUGUUGCUCAUGUUGUUGGGGAAGGAUCUGGAGAGUAAAGUGAGGUUUGAAAGUUCUCUGACUUGGUGGUGAUUAGAAAGGGCACAGAUUGUUCUUUCUUUGGUUCCCUUUGGGGUGUCUGGGCUUUUUUGGUGUUUUUAUUGAG